UGCUACACUCGUCACUUCCGGCGGUUGUUUGGCUGCCAGUUUGAAAUGAGACUGCUGGCUCUAGAAAGCAAACUUUAAAUGCUUAAAUGGCAGCUUUAUUUAAUGUGGAAACCCGCUGUGGAACAAGAAGAGUCCUCUAGACUAGUACACGGGACCAACCUCGCUCUCUCGGCUCCGUACUAUGUUCAAAAAGAUGACUGAAUUCGGUCCAGAUUCCGGGGGGCGAGUUAAGGGGGUAACCAUUGUGAAGCCCAUCGUGUUUGGGAACGUCGCCCGCUACUUUGGGAAAAAGAGAGAAGAGGAUGGACACACACAUCAGUGGUCUGUGUAUGUGAAGCCUUACAGAAAUGAGGAUAUGUCCGCCUAUGUGAAGAAGAUCCAGUUCAAGCUACAUGAGAGCUACGGCAACCCGCUGAGAGUGGUGACAAAGCCUCCGUAUGAGAUUACAGAGACGGGCUGGGGGGAGUUCGAGAUCAUCAUCAAGAUCUUCUUCAUUGACCCCAAUGAGAGAUCUGUUACUCUGUACCAUCUGCUGAAGCUGUUCCAGUCAGACUCCAGUGCCAUGCCUAAGAAGACAGUUGUCUCUGAAUUCUAUGAUGAAAUGAUCUUCCAGGAUCCCACAGCCAUGAUGCAGCAGCUACUGACCACAUCGAGACAACUGACCCUGGGAGCAUACAAGCAUGAGACGGAGUUCAGUGAGCUUGAGCAGAGGACCAAGGAGAAAAUGGAAGCAGCGAAGAAGAGAACCAGCCAGGAGAUCACGGAGCUGAAAGACAAACUGAAAGCCAGCAGAGAGAACAUCAACCACCUGAAGGCAGAGAUCAGGAAACUGGAGGAGGAUGGAGAUCACAAGGAGCACUGAGAAAUGGACAAACACAACACACACACACACACACACGGACAUGAUUGUUCAAGCAGGGCUCAACCUGCAUAUUCUUGUGUUCCUAACCAUAUAACCGAUUAAAAAAAGAAACAGGAAUUGUUGUGAAAUAUUUUUUGAUAAAAUUUUUUUUAAUUAUAUGUUUUUGUUUAACAUGAACAAUCAAUAUUAAAUAGUCCAGAAAAGACAUAAGAGCCAUUAUUACAGCACUGAAAGAUGAUCUUUGGGGGUGUUGUCAGCUGUCUUGUGACUGGAAAAAAGGAUUUUGAUUGGUUCUCUCUGUUGUCAUUUGUACCAUAACAUUGCUGGAUCAGUUGGCUGUGAGGUAGAAUAACAAAACAGUCUGUAUUUUUCUGAGUAGUUUUUAUAACACCGUUUCUGUCCUGUCGUCUUGAUGUAAUUGAUCCUGUGUCGGAGCAAGGCUUCUUCCCUGUGAUAUAACUAUGAGCAGAGGUCAUUUAUUAUUCCCGCUAUUUUCAAUGUAAAUAGCUAAUUUGUUUGUUUUUUACUGAUCUUGUGGUUUUCUAUGUAAAGUAAAUGUCCUUUCAGUA